GUUCUAUGAAGCUGAUCUGAAAGAAAAAAAAAAAAAAACCAAAAUCAAAAAAUGAAAGAAUAUUGCCAGUCACAAUUGCGGACAUCAAUCAUGCUGCAGUUCUCUGUUGAGCUUCGGACACUUUCACCAUGCGACAAUGGCGACCCUCAGACGUCUUAUCUCUUGAGAAACCCUUAAGACCUUAUGCGCUUAUUAUUCUCAACCAAAAAUUAAAUAGGUUAGACAUUUUCAAGAAGCUAUGGUCAGAGGCUUCUUAUCGGUUCUGCGCCGACGGGGGGGCUAACAGGCUUUAUGAUGCAUUCGAGGACGAUGUGGAACUGCGAGAGAAGUACCUACCUCACGCUGUACAUGGAGACUUGGAUUCGCUACGAAAAGAUGUACGCGACUAUUAUGAGUCGAAGAACGUUGAAGUUUCGCAAGACCAUGACCAGAAUUCGACCGACUUUAUGAAAUGCAUCUCCCUUUUGCGCAAAAAAGAAACUAGUGAUAAGAAUAAGGAUGGCAUCAAGUACGAUAUUGUUGCUUUUCCUGCACUUGGUGGAAGGUUUGAUCAGACCAUAGCAAGUAUCAAUCAGCUUUAUUUCCUGAAAGACGAAACAGAUCGCCAAACACUUCUUGUCAGUGACGAGAAUUUGACCAUCCUUUUGGAUGAGGGCAAACACAGAAUUGAAUGUAACCGCCAACUUGAAGGUCCCACAUGUGGUAUCAUGCCUUUAGGUGGACCCAUUGUUUUGACUACUCGUGGUUUACGCUGGAAUUUAACCGACUAUCCAUGUCACUUUGGAGGUAUGGUUAGCACCUCUAAUGUCCUUGCAUCGGAUAUUGUGGAAAUAGAAACAGACAAGCCAGUGGUAUGGACCGUGGAGCUGAAGGAGGAUACCUGCUGAGUUACAAACUAGCUGUUUGAUCAUUUACAUAGUCUUUGUUACAUACCCGCGAUGUAUUCAUAAUCAAAUCGAAUUAAAUUACGCAUGUCACACAUUCAAUGAAAACAA